AGUCGUUGUUUCGCCAUCUUCCUCAUUCUCACCCCAUCAAGGAUAUCAUUUCUCUUUUUUAUGAUUCCGCGCAAUAUAAUGUUGAAUGACUCGCACUAUCAGGUUAGAUUCUAGGCCCUUGACGCAAUGGCUGGUUAAAAUUGCACAGCUCAUGCAAGUGGGCCCGACAGACCCGUUAUUCCAGUUUAUCAUCGAUCAUCCACGCGACAGGCCUCUGUUAUGUUCGAACAGCACAAUUGCCGGCAGUCAAGCCCAAAACCCGCGUCGGCCCCACUCCGCUCUAAAACUCCCGACAGGGCAGGUCGAGAUAGGGCGAGUUGCGCGCUGCUAAGGUUCUGACUCGGCUUGUUAAUUGCGCCAUCGGCCUUGUCUAUCUUAGCUUUACUAUGGUGGGUAGGCCGUUUAUAAAAUGCAUAUGUCUGAUGUUUUCUCAAACAUGUUCCGUUCAGAUACAUGCCGUCCUACAGGUCAUUAUCGAUCUAUCGACUUGGAAUUAUGACUUCUUCCAGGUUCUAUCCACCAGAGCAUGCCACGGAGAACCUCAAGACGACAAAUUCAGAUCUAAAGGGUGCAACCGUUAAAGCUACACCAAAUGACUCCCUCCACAGUCUUGAAACCCAGCAAACCCAGCAAUGGAAUCUCUUCCACUGGCAUGACCCGAACACAUCUAAGGAGGAAAAGCUCCUUAUCUUCAAACUGGACUGGUUCCUCCUCAGCUACAGCUGCCUCUGCUUCUUCAUCAAACAACUCGACCAAAACAACAUCUCCAACGCCUACGUCUCCGGCAUGAAAGAAGACCUCGGCUUCGGCCCCGGCGACGAACUCAGCUGGAUGAACACCUACUUCAGCGCGGGGCAGAUCGUCGGCGCCCCAAUCUCCAACCUGAUCCUGACCAUCGUCCGCCCCCGCUACUGGCUCCCCUUCUGCCUCAUGUCCUGGUCGCUCUUCGUCCUCUUCCUCUUCAAAUGCAACACCGCCAGCGAAUUCUACGCCCUCCGCUUCUGCAUCGGCCUGUUCGAGUCCGCCGCCUGGCCCGGCAUCCAAUACGUGCUCGGCUCCUGGUACAAGAAGUCCGAGAUCGCCCGCCGCAGCGGCCUCUUCGUCAUGUCCGGCGUCCUGGGCCAGAUGUUCUCCGGCUACCUCCAGGCGGCACUGUACUCCGGCAUGGAAGGGAAACACGGCAUGCCCGCCUGGCGCUGGCUCUUCAUCUUCGACUUCCUCCUCGCCGUCCCUGUCGCGCUCUACGGCUUCUUCUUUUACCCGGACACGCCCGAGAACACGUCCGCGUUCUACCUCACCCCGUGGGAGCGGGAUCGCGCGCUGGAGCGCAUGCGCGAAGACGGCCGCGCCUCGACAGCGCGGUUCGAUCGCACUAUCUUCAAGCGCAUCCUCGCGUCCUGGCAACUAUAUACCUUCUCGGUGGCAUACGCGCUCUGGACACUAACGUGCGGAUCAUACGUCAUGCAGUACUUCAGUCUCUGGCUGAAAUCGACAGGCGAGUACUCUGUCCCGCAGAUCAACAACAUCCCGACGUGCAUAGGGGCCGUCAAUUUCGUAUUCAUGGUCUCGACGGGCUAUCUGGCUGAUAAGCUGGGACGGCGCAACAUCGUCUGCUUCGGCGUCGGGUGUGUGCUUACGUUCUGCUACGUCGUUCUCACGGUGUGGGAUGUGCCGGAUAAGCUCAAGAUGGCGGUCUUUAUCCUGACGGGCUCGUAUGGUUGCUACACGCCGUUGUUGGCGGGGUGGGUGAAUUCCGUCUGUGGUGGGGAUCAGCAGCUUCGUGCGUUCACGCUGGCGUUUAUGGUGAGCUUCGGGUAUGCGGUGGUUAUUCCGUUUCAGCAGUUGCAGUUUCCGAGUGGGAAGGCGCCGGAGUUUAAGGAGACGCAUGGUUGGCCGAGUGGGCUUGCUUUUGUGGUGGCUCUGGCUUUGUUUACUGGGUUUGGGAUUGAUUUGAUAGAGAGGAUCUGGGGGAGGGUAAGGAGGGACUCUGAGAGUGUUUGAG